AUGGUAAACGACUUUCCACAUGGCGGAGCUCCUCCGGGGAUGGAGAUGGAUCCCGAGUUUGAGACCUUGCCGCUCAGUAUUCGACCAUUCGACCCGGCGACGUACCAUCCCGAGAUUGUAAAAUAUCUUGCUAGCAGAGUAGAUGUAAACGCAAUAAAUGCAAAUGGGCUCACGGCAUUGGACAUUCUAAGUCAGAGCCGAAAAGGGGUGGAGGAUUGGGAGAUUGGAAACUCUCUCCAAGAAGCCGGAGGAUUAAAAGCUGCAGAUAUUCCCUUGUCUGGUAAUGGAAAUAGAUCUGCAAGGCCAAGCAAUAUGCUCUCCAUUGUACAUGACCAAAGCAGGACACCAUUGGCCGCACAAACAAGUAAUAAGUUGCGUAGUCAGACAGCUGCUGCAACAUUGCCUUCAAAUGGAAGUAAUAAUCCACAAAUCCCGUCAUUUCUGCGUCAUGACACUACAAGAUCAUCUGCCCAAGGGUACAAAUCAAAGCACAAGCUCAAUGACCAGGGUCAGUGGUUGGCAAAGAAAAGGGAUGCAUUAAUGGUGGUCGCAUCACUUCUUGCAACAAUGGCUUUUCAAGCAGGGGUGAAUCCCCCCGGUGGUGUUUGGCAAGAUGAUUCCCAAGGCCAAGGCCAGCCAGAACAAUCUCAACACAGAGCGGGAGAAGCUGUGAUUGCGUAUCAUUAUGAAGAUUCAUAUAAAUAUUACCUUCGUGCCAACACCAUAGGUUUUGUUGCGUCGCUGAGCACAAUCUUGUUUCUUAUAAGCGGGUUGCCCUUCAAGCGCAAGACGUUUAUGUGGAUUUUGAUGGUGAUCAUGUGGUUGUCAAUUACAUCCAUGGCAUUUUCUUAUGGAUAUUCUAUAGUUGCGGUCACUCCUAUAAAGGACAGGGAUGCACUCCGACGCACAAUGUUGGUUGCAAUUCCAGUGUGGUGUGGAGUUAUGGGGCUCCUGUUCCUUGGCCACACUCUUCGCUUGACAGAGAAGUGGUUGAAGAAAAAGGGGAAAUCUAUGUGGGAACCAGUUAGAAAUUUCUUUAGGAACCAAUCCAAUCCCAAAGCCAUUGAAGUUGUUUAA